GUUUAAUAUUUAUUUAAGUCUCUUCGUCUCUAGAACCUCGCAGUUACUGAGGAAUUGACCAUGAAUACUGCUUUGGAAGGCGUUAUAAUCGAAGAUUCUAAAAAAGAUAGUCUUGACAGUAAAUCUACUCUGCAACCAAUGGAGAUAUCUAAUAAGGACAGUGUAGAGACAACAACCUCAGUUAAAUCAGUGAACUUAAAGGAGACUGAAGAUGGGCAGGGAGAUUUAAAUCUUGAAUUGACUCAUGAUAAUGUUAGUAUGUUGCUUAGCCCAGAGAGAAAGGAAAGUUAUGAACGAAUGAUUUUUAAGGAGAAGUAUACAUAUCGUAACUUUAAGGGCUCUCGUUACAGUGAUUUCGAUUUGGAACUUUUUAUUAACGACGAAAGACAAAAACAUGUUCUUGUUCGAAAGUCUGCCGAAGAAUCUCUAGGCUUUAUGAUAACAGAGACAGGAAGGACAUCCCUUUUACCUUGUAUCUUCAUCUCCCACAUAUUUCCUGGCGGAGCUGCAGCCCGGAGUGGCGAGUUGUUUGUGGGCGAUCAAAUCUUAUUUGUUAAUAAUGUGUCUUUAGUGGGGCUCCCUUUCAACAGAAUACUAGAAGUUUUCAAAUGUUUUAGAAACGAUACACAAAUAGAGUUUUGUGUGAUACCCAUGCCUCCUGUAGAUAGUGUGGUAAUUUGUCGAUCUGAAUCCGUGAAUCAUAAGCUUGGUUUCGAUGUGCUUCACGGUGAAAUUAUAAGUGUUGACGUAGGAAGUGCUUCUCAUAAAGCUGGCCUUAAACCCGGUCAUAGAAUCACCGAAAUUAACGGGCAGAGUGUGGUGGGCGCUUCUCACCAGGAAAUUGUUAAGUGUCUACAAGAAGAAGUGGUUAACUUAAAAACUAUGCCCAGGGAUCUAUACGAAACUCUCGUAUGUCCACGUGACUAAGGAUUCGUUAUCAGGGGGGGUAAAGGCUACUUAGCAAGUUAUGUUUAUUUGGCCAUCUCUUCGCAUGAACUUUUGCGCAACCCUGAAACUUUUAAAAAUAAAGGCCCACUCACCUAUGUUAUGCGCUUCCAUUUUCAUAUUCCCAAAAACUUCAAAGCGCUGCAACUAUAUUGAAUAUACCGCAGGGCCAUCCCCGAUAGUAAAGUACAUCAACUACCCAUAAAUAAAUAACUUUGUAAAGAAUUAAAAAACAGGGGUAUCAUUACUAUUAACUUAUAUACAUGCA